AUGUCAUCUCAACCUGUUAUUGGCUUCUUAGGAUACACAGGUCUGGUCGGAUCUCACAUCCUUCCUCACUUGUUGGAAUACCAUAAGCAAGGUCAAAUCAAAUUGAUCAUCUUACAUCGAAAGGGUAGUGAUACUUCCAAGAUCCCGGAUGAUGUCGAGAAGAGAUUGAUUGAUCUGAGUGAAGGUGGUAAAGAGGUCAAUAAAAAGGCUGUAGAGGGUCUUCAAGUCGUCUUAUCAACCGUAUCGGGUGAAGGUCUCAAAUCGCAGAUCUACCUCGUAGACGCUCUUGAAGGUUCAACCACGUUGAAAUCUUUCGUUCACUCCGAUUUCGGUACCAAUUGGACUGCCAAAGAAUUGAAAGAAGCCCCUGGAUUGAGUGUCAUAGGAGUUAAAGAAGAUGUAGUGGAACAUGCGGAGAAGAAGAACGUUCCACUCACCCAUGUUAGAGUAGGGGCUUUUGAUCUUUUCGUAUUCAAGUUCAAAGCCGGUGGUACAGAUGUUAAAGGGAAUGUAGUACAAGAAUUUAGAGAUUCAUUGAAGAACCCCCUAAGAAUUACUACCCUUCCAUUCUUAGGACAAGCUACUGCUCAACUCCUCUUACACCCCGACGAAAUCGCCAACAAGACCUAUCAAGUGUACGACCACGAACCCACCGGACAAGAUUUCGUCGACGUCCUGACCAAGCUUAAUGGAUCUAAACCUGAGAUCACCCAUUAUACAGAGGAAGAAUACCAAAAAGCAAUACAAGUACCUGGUACAAGUGCGAUCUUAGCUGCCAUCAAAGCUAAAUGGGGAGAUAACAAUUGGGGAGCAACUUCACCUAGACCAGAAGUUAAAGGAUGGAAAUCUGUUUCGUUUGAGGAAUUGACAACGGAAUGGGCUAAACAAUUGUAG